AUGCCUCUCACAGUCCUCACCGACCGCGACGUCAAGUCGCUUUUACACUCUCUAGGUCGACAGGACAUACUCGACUUGCAGCAAUCGCUUGGCGACGCCCUUCAUUACUACUCGACUGCCACUGAAACCGAGAGCGGCUGCUGCGCAACAUACCAGCCUCAGCGGACACAGCUCAAGAGGAAGGAUGGUAGCACGACGCUAUUUAUGCCGGCUAGCAGUAACGAUGGCCUUGGCGUGAAGAUUGUGACAUUGCCGGACCCAUCAGCAAGCAAGCCAGCUGAAGCUGAGUCGACAGCUUCGGGCGAGCCUGUGAAGCUCUCGCAGCCCCGCGGAUCCAUAACACUUCUUGAUACACAUGGAUUCCCCCGCGGCAUGGUCAACGCUGAGGAAUUGACUGCCUUCCGCACUGCCUUGGCCUCGACCAUGCUCUUCAAGAAGCGCAACAACGUGCACGACCUGACCGUCUUCGGCGCGGGCAAGCAGGCGUACUGGCACGUCCGACUGGCACUGCUGCUACGACCGGGUGAAAUCCACCACCUCAACAUCAUCAACAGGAGCUACGAGACGGCAAAGAACUUAAUGACGCAGCUGUUCGAUCCGGAGAACAACAAAGACCACAAGGUGGAUCGCCCAGACAUCAAGCUGAUCACACCCGGCCACACAGAGUACGGGCGUCUGCUCAAGUCUACAGUGCGCUCGUCCUCGGCCAUAUUCAUGACUACUCCGUCCCACGAGCCGCUGUUCCCUGCCAGCUACCUCACGAACACGGAAGGCCGGAGGAAGGGCAGAUACGUCGCGGCCAUCGGCAGCUACAAACCGCACAUGAUCGAGAUCCACCCGGACAUCCUCCGUCAGGCCGUUGCCCCGCAGCACGGCCGCCACUUCCACAAGCAUGCCAAGCAGGGUGGUGCAAUAAUCGUCGACAGCGUCGAUUCGUGCAUGCGCGAGGCCGGCGAGAUCAUCCAGGCUGGUCUAGAGAGCGACCAAGUCGUCGAGCUCGGCGAGCUCAUCAUGCUCAGGCGCGACGCCGAGGCCCGCCGGCGCAGUAGACCGGCGUCGGUGGGCGACAAUAGUCUUAGCGACCAGUCCGGCGUACAGAUUGCGGAUGACGACAAGUGCCCCGGCAAGGCAAGCAGCGGCGGCCUAGACGAUGCCGACCUGGGCCUCAAAGAUUGGUUGGCAAGGGGGAAUGUGAUUUACAAGAGCGUCGGUCUGGGGUUGAUGGAUGUGGUCGUUGGCGCAGAACUCGUGGCGCUUGCGGACUCGAGGGGCGUUGGUGUGCGCAUUGAGGACUUCUGA